AUGGCCGGUCACGAGGCUUUCCUUGUGACAAGGCGGUUCUCCCACGUGCGAACACGUUUGUUGCUAUGGGAACAGGAUCGGGUCGCUGAAUUGGAAACGAAGUUGAAUAAAAUUGACAAUGAGGAGAAACACUCGUUAUACCUCGGGAGCAGACGGAAGGAUAAGAAUCAAGAAAGACGCGCGGUAAUUGCUGAACUUCAAGAGGCAAUCAAGUCUUAUGACGAUCUAGUGACCCGUUCAAUCUUCAUGCUUGGUCCACAACCAGCGUACAAGAGAGAUAUUGCCAGUUUGCAGAAUUGGCACGUCGCUAAUGCCAGUGUUACUAGAGCUGAGAUGGAUUUUUUGAACCGCCAGGAGGACUUGAUGUCGGUUUCAUCUUCAUCCAACACUGAUGUCCUUCCACUGUGGGUGGAGAGAGAUGUCACGGAGAAGGCGCUCUCAUUUUUUGGAGUAAGUGCCGCUUGA